CUCCUACAGCCCCCCCCGCCACGGAAACCCCCAAAUUUCCCCCCCGGGGGUCCCCUAAAAUCCCACAGGACGCCGCCAUUCCCACUGCCGCAUUCCCAGAACCCCCCCAUAGCCAUCAAAACCCUUCCGGACCCCCAAAAUCCCCCCAAAACCCCGGUCGGGCCUGUUCCAGACCCCGCGCCGUUGCCAUGGCGACAGGACGCCGAAAACGGUGCUACCGCCAAACCCUUCCCCCGUAGUGCGGCCGUAUCCGGUCCGGCGGCAGAACGGCGGCGCGAGAGAGGUUCCGGGUCAAAGUCCGCGGCCAUGGCGGCCGCCGGGAGCAGCUGCCGGCUGGAGUUCUCGGUGGAGAUGAGCUGCCAGGGCUGUGCCGAUGCCGUGCGGGCAGCGCUGGACGCGGCUCCCGAGGUGAAGCUGCUGGAGCUGCGGCCCCAGGAGCAGUCGGUGCUGGUGGAGACCACGGCAGCAGCCGAGCGAGUGCAGGAGCUGCUGGAGAAUUCGGGGUGCAGGGCCGUGCUCAAGGGCAUGGGGGGCUCCCCCGAGGCUCCCCCCGGGGGGGCGGCGGUGGCGGCGCUGGGGGGUCCCGGGGGGGUCCGGGGGCUGCUCCGGUUCCUGCAGCUCUCCCCCGGCCGCUGCAUUGUGGACGGCGCCGUGACCGGGCUCCCCCCUGGCCCCCACGGGCUCCACAUCCACGAAUUCGGGGACCUCUCGGACCCCUGUGACAGCUGCGGGGGCCACUUCAACCCCGACGGGGAGACCCACGGGGGACCCCAGGACGAGCACAGGCACGCCGGGGACCUGGGGAACAUCUGGGCAGAUGCUGAGGGCCACGCCCGGUUCCGAAUUGAGGACUCGAAGCUGAAGGUCUGGGACAUCAUCGGCCGCUCCGUGGUGGUGGCCGAGGGCGAGGACGACCUGGGCCGGGGGUCCCACCCGCUGUCCCGUGUCACCGGCAACUCGGGCCGGGGGCUGGCUUGUGGCGUGGUGGCGCGGGCGGCCGGGCUCUUCCAGAACCCCAAACGCGUCUGUUCCUGCGACGGCGUCACCCUCUGGGAGGAGCGCGACCGCAGCCGUGGGGCUUCCCCGGGGACCCCCAUGGAGACCCCCAUGGAGACCCCCAGCCCGCACCUGUAGGAGCCCCCCGGGCCCGAAUAAACGCCCCUCGCUCCGA